UCUCCAGGUUGUGUGGUCUUCCCCCUCCACUCCCACUACGGGUCGCGACUGGGGGCGGCCCGGGAGCGGGGACGCGGCCUCCCCCUCCCACCCCUCCCCUUCCUCCAGCGCUUCGAUCCAAGAUGGCGGCGCUGAGCAGCGGCAGCAGCUCCGAGGGGGCCUCGCUCUUCAACGGGGACAUGGAGCCUGAGCCGCCGCCCGGAGCUGGGGCCUCGGUCCCGGGAGGCGGCGGCGGCGAGCCGGCCAUCCCCGAGGAGGUAUGGAAUAUCAAACAGAUGAUUAAAUUAACACAAGAACACAUAGAGGCGCUGCUUGACAAGUUUGGAGGAGAGCAUAACCCACCAUCAAUAUACUUGGAGGCCUAUGAAGAGUACACCAGCAAGCUAGAUGCUCUACAACAAAGGGAACAGCAGUUACUGGAAUCCAUGGGGAAUGGAACUGAUUUCUCUGUCUCCAGCUCAGCUUCAACAGACACAGUUACUUCAUCUUCCUCCUCUAGCCUCUCUGUAGCACCUUCAUCCCUUACAGUUUAUCAGAACCCCACAGAUAUGUCACGGAAUAAUCCCAAGUCUCCACAAAAACCUAUUGUUAGAGUCUUCCUACCCAACAAACAGAGGACAGUGGUUCCAGCAAGAUGUGGGGUGACAGUCCGGGACAGUCUAAAGAAAGCUCUGAUGAUGAGGGGUCUUAUCCCAGAAUGCUGUGCUGUUUACAGAAUACAAGAUGGAGAGAAGAAGCCCAUUGGCUGGGACACUGACAUUUCCUGGCUCACAGGAGAGGAGUUGCACGUGGAAGUCUUGGAGAAUGUGCCACUUACCACACACAAUUUUGUACGAAAGACAUUCUUCACUUUAGCAUUCUGUGACUUUUGUCGAAAGCUGCUUUUCCAGGGAUUUCGAUGCCAGACUUGUGGUUAUAAAUUUCACCAGCGCUGUAGUACAGAGGUGCCACUGAUGUGUGUUAAUUAUGACCAACUUGAUUUGCUGUUUGUCUCCAAGUUUUUUGAACACCACCCAAUAUCGCAGGAGGAGGCCUCCUUAGGAGAGACCACCCAAGCAUCUGGAUCGUACUCCUCAGUGCCCCCAUCAGAUCCUAUUGGACCACCAAUUCUCCCUAGUCCUUCUCCUUCAAAAUCCAUUCCAAUCCCACAGCCCUUCCGACCAGCAGAUGAAGACCAUCGGAAUCAAUUUGGGCAACGAGACCGCUCGUCUUCGGCACCCAAUGUGCACAUCAAUACAAUAGAGCCUGUCAAUAUUGAUGACUUGAUUAGAGACCAGGGGUUACGAGGAGAGGGAGGUUCAACCACGGGUUUGUCUGCCACCCCACCUGCCUCCUUGCCCGGGUCCCUUACCAGUGUGAAAGCUUUACAGAAGUCCCCUGGACCACAACGAGAGAGGAAGUCAUCCUCAUCCUCAGAAGACAGGAAUAGAAUGAAAACCCUUGGUCGACGGGACUCAAGUGAUGAUUGGGAGAUACCAGAUGGGCAGAUUACAGUCGGACAAAGGAUAGGAUCUGGAUCAUUUGGAACAGUCUACAAGGGAAAGUGGCAUGGUGAUGUGGCAGUGAAAAUGUUGAAUGUUACAGCACCCACCCCUCAGCAAUUACAGGCCUUCAAGAAUGAAGUAGGAGUGCUCAGGAAAACACGACAUGUGAAUAUCCUACUUUUCAUGGGUUAUUCAACAAAGCCACAGUUGGCUAUUGUUACACAGUGGUGCGAGGGCUCCAGUUUGUAUCACCACUUGCAUAUCAUUGAGACCAAAUUUGAGAUGAUCAAACUCAUUGAUAUUGCACGACAGACUGCACAAGGCAUGGAUUACUUGCAUGCCAAGUCAAUCAUCCACAGAGACCUCAAGAGUAAUAAUAUAUUUCUUCAUGAAGAUCUUACUGUAAAAAUAGGUGAUUUUGGUCUAGCCACAGUGAAAUCACGAUGGAGUGGGUCCCAUCAGUUUGAACAAUUGUCUGGGUCCAUUCUAUGGAUGGCACCAGAAGUAAUCAGGAUGCAAGAUAAAAACCCUUAUAGCUUUCAAUCAGAUGUAUAUGCAUUUGGGAUUGUUCUUUAUGAGCUGAUGACUGGGCAGUUACCAUACUCGAACAUCAACAACAGGGACCAGAUCAUUUUUAUGGUGGGACGAGGAUACCUGUCUCCAGAUCUCAGUAAAGUGCGAAGUAACUGUCCAAAAGCCAUGAAGAGGCUAAUGGCAGAGUGCUUGAAGAAGAAAAGAGAUGAGCGACCCCUCUUUCCACAGAUUCUUGCCUCCAUUGAGCUUCUGGCUCGGUCAUUGCCAAAAAUUCACCGCAGUGCAUCUGAGCCCUCAUUAAACCGGGCUGGCUUCCAGACGGAGGAUUUUAGUCUGUAUACUUGUGCUUCUCCAAAAACACCCAUCCAGGCAGGGGGAUACGGAGAAUUUGCAGCGUUCAAGUAGCCACAGCGCCAUGGCAGCACCUACUCUAUUAUUUAAGUCUUGUGUUCCUACAGUUUCUUAACGUCAAAAAUCUGUUCUGCUCCUCAAAACCUAAAGCAAUUUAGGAAAAGAUAUCCGUAAGCUUAGAGUGGAGCAGAAAGGAACUGCUGGUCCAACACAAGGGGGGGUAAUAAUCUUUUUAGGAACCAGAAUUCUCUGCUGCCAGUGUUUCUCCUUCAACACAAAACACCACGUGUAUUCAGAGACCCGCAGUGGCUGCCUGUACCGUUGUCAUCAUUCCCAGGAGAGAGGAGAGGGCACGCGUGUUUUGACUUUGGUGCUCAGGCAUAAGGGGAUGGAACUGCUGCAGCAACUUAGGAGACUUGCUUUGGAUGUCUGCCAGUUGGCUUUCUCCCUCUAACAACGAAUCAUCAGAGGCUGAACAUCUGAUGAGAGUGCUAAUCAAACGAAUCAUCUUCUGUUCUGAUUUAUUUUUUUCCUGGCAUGCUUACUGAUUUAUGGGUCAAAAUGCAGUAUCCCCUUUUCAUUUAAAUGCAAAUAUCAAACAUUUCAAUCGAUCUAUGUCAUUGACUUUUAUCCCAGUCAAAUUUGAUACUUUGAGGGGCGGGAGGUGGCUUCAGGAGAAGUUAAUCUGGAGGAAAAGGGAAUGCUGCACCAUUUUUCAAAUUUACUUUUCACUUAUCCAAAAACUACCCUUUUCUUGUUUCUAAUACUUUCUGGUGUGCUCAGACAGGGCAUCUUUCAGAAGGGUUGGGAAGCUCCUCUCGUUGGUCCAGCAACAAACUAAAGUUAAAGACAAAAAAUGUAGCAAGUUCUCAAAAUAUUUUUUUGUAUCAUCUAAUUCAAUGUAUUUUUCAGAAAUGCGAUAAUGGCAUGUGCAGUAUUUAAAACUGCUAAUACAGACUAUGGAAUGGUGUAUGUACCUAUUUUAAAAGUUUUAUUUUAAAUGAGGGUGCAGGUGAAUGCCAGGUACCUUACCAAUGUAUAAGGUUUUCAUAAACAGGAAAAAAUAGUUCUCAGGUUGAAUUGGAAAAAAAAAAUAUAAAAAUCCCCCCUCCCCUGAAUUAGACAUUCUGCAAAUUGUGUUUUGGUACUUACAGAGCUUUUUUAAAAGGAUUUUUAUCCUGUUAACUCAGUGUUCUCUGAUAAGUGUGUGUGUAAAUGUGGAGCAUCUUGUCCCAAUGGCAAGGUGUUAGAUUUAAAAAACAAUCAACUACAAAAAACGGUACUUGCUGGAUCCACGCUGACCUUUUCUCCUCUCAUCGGUUCUCUCUGUUUGACUCUUAUUCCCAUCCCUCCAUUUUUCCCUUUUCCACAGUUUGCAAACUAGGAUAAAGGUGGCAGUAUCCACAUUAGUUUCCCUUGUUGCCCUGUCCUCCAAGCCCAGUUCUCAAAUGGUUAGUAGCUUUGUGACAAGCUACCAAGUCAGAAGACAAAUUCAUAAAGUUCAGCACAGUGUUUACCUCUAGUAGAAUAUCUUGUGAUGUGAUCUGUUUGCAGAAUUCUCCGACAUGUGGUAUUAAACAUAAAUUAUCUGUACAGAGGCAAGUCAGACCAUAGUAGAAAGAACUUCAAGCUCACACGGAAGUCUUCAGAGUUCAAUUAAUAUCUGUCCUAUCCCACUCUACAUGAGGCAGAAGAAUCGAUGCCACUAAUUGGCAGCACUGUUCUUAGGUGAAUAAAAUCAUGUGACUCAUGUAAAGGCGUUAAAUGUGUAUAGACGCACGUGGCAUUGGCUGAACACAGUGUUUCUGCCUCACUCGGUGAGUGGGGACCUUUACUGUGUACAGAAGGGUGCCCUUGAAGAUAUAGGUAGCCUGUUAUGUUUUGUUAAUUAUUAUUUACUGUGGUUAAGGGGUCCUGAUUAAUUUGAAGGGAGAAAUAUAAUUGAAAUACUGUGUAUUCAUGUUAAUUCCACAAACAGCAGCCAGACAGCAAUAGAGAGUGACGUGAAGUUACUACAAGGAUGAAGCAAUUCAUGUUGCUACAUGAAUAGAAUUGAUUUUAUGUACAGGAUGCAUUUUAACAAACAAGCACAACUUUUUUCUUCUCUGCUGUGGGUCUUCAGAUACUAUUAGGUUUUUCCCUUCCUGAAAUAGGCAGGAAUUAAAAUAAUCAGUAGCAGUGUCUACUGUACUUUCCAGUGUGGAGAAGCAAACAAAGUGAGCAGUAAUGCACAGUCAGAUGAAAUCACCAUGCACCAUGGUAGUGUAAUGGCAGUAUACAAUGCUAUCUGAGGCAGGUGACAGACCAAGGCAGAAAAAGCAAGGAACCAAGUUGUCAGAAACAGUUGAGAAUUUUUACCAAUAUUAACUCCAAGAGAGUGAAGUCAUUACUGUAUCAAUGCUUUUCCCUCAACCUUUUUUUUUUUUUUUUGGCCUGUGAUGUAGCUUGUAAAUGUAGGGCACACUGAAAAUUACAUAUGCUCCUAAAGAAAGGUAUAGUCUAAAUAUGUAUUGCUACGUUAAGAAUUAUCAUUUCAACAUAGUGGAUAAAAAUCCUAGUUUCUUUCUAUAUUUUCUUGCUGGCAGAGAAGUAUUUGUUAAAAUAAAACAGUAAGGAAUUAUUAUUUUUUUUAUCCUUGUUUUAAAUGAAUUUAUUUUGUAAUCCUUCAUUACCUGUUAGUCUACAAGAUGCUUCUUGAGCCCACAGGAAAAACACAAGGAAAAUGGCUAUCCUUGUCCAUGCAAAGCACUUUAUAAGUAACACAUGGUCUUUGAUUUCCCCCACCCCCAAAAACCAUGUAUGUUGUUUGACUGUUGUUUAGUUAAGUCUUUUAGGUUUCAUUUCUAUUACCUUCCAAGGUUUUUUCUCUUAAAGUAGCUGUAAUGCUUUAUGUUUUUGUCCAGCUUUCUAUCUGUAUAAAGACCACCUUAAUCCUCAUGCAAAACUUUGGGAAAAUUUGGUUUGUAAAUAAUUGUUUUUCUUCAUUUCUUUUCCUUCAGAAAUUACUAAGGACGUUUUGCAUGAAAAUAGGAUCAAUUUUAAAGGUGCCUUGUGGGUGUUUGGUAAAUGGUGAGACAGUCGCAGGGACAUGUAUUGAAAGCCCCAGAUAGCAAGGGGAUGAAGAAAACAAUGAACUCUUUUAAAAACAAUAAAUAACAUUCAGACUCUCUGUUCACACCAUACAGCUUCAGCUCCUCUGUGAUUCCCCAGCUCAGUGCACUAGGGCAUAAACCCACAUGCUGGGUUUGGUAAUUUUAGUAAAUAUUUUAUACCUGUUGGGAUAUAAAAUUAUCUAGGCACUUAUACUGCUUUAAGAUCCAACAUAUCUGAGCAGAUAAUAAACCUGUUCAAAACCACCACUUGAGCACCCAUAGUCCAAUUCCAUGCUCUUGUGGAAUACAUUAGCUGUGAAACACCCCUUCUUCCCCCAUAUACAGAAAUUAGAAAAUACCUAUCAUCUAGUCCCAUCUCCCUGUCAAUGCAGGAUUCUUCCCUACAGUAUAUUUUCUGGGGCACCGUGGUGGCAUUGAAGUCAAAUGGAGUGAACGUAGGCGCCUGAUUAUUUUUAAGGUAACAGGAUCAGUUAAAUGCUGAAUGUCUCUGUAUUCGACAUAGUCCUGCCAUUCUCACUUUUCACAAAACAUUUGCAGGUCACUGAAUUAAUCUGUUCCUGCUUGCUUUAUCCCUUACCUGAAAUCAUCCUUUCUCACAAUUGAGUUCUUUGGCAAUUACCGAUAAUACAGAUUAUUUUGGGUCAAAUUCUGCCUUCAUAUUUCUGUGGCUUCUACUUAAGUCAGUUGGAGCUAUAUGUGCUCUUUAGAGGACAACAUUUGGCCUACUAUGACAUGAAGUGAAUAAACAGAAGUGUGAACUGUUAACAAAGAUCACAUCUUUAUGCAAAUGUCCAGCGGUAAAAACAUACUGAAGAAUUGCCUCUAUAGUUGUAUUGUGCUGUCUGUGUACACGGUGCUUUACUGAACACUUUGAAGACAAGGUCCAUUCCCCAAAGACACGAUGAUCUAAUAUCAGUUGAGGCAUCGGUAGUUCUUGAAGGUAUCUGUGUAGUGGAGGGCCUAGUUAAGAGCUGAAGCGUGCAAACAUUUCACACCUUUCCAGCCUGCGGGUUUUUAUGGAAUAUAUUCCCUUCUUGACUGUGAGUGCAGCAUGUGUAGCACAAACUAUUCAGAGUACUGUAGACAAGUAUCUUUCCGUCCAUUGAAACAAUGUGACCAGGACGUAAUAUGAUAGUCUAACCUGUUAGGUACAUUCAAGAUUCAGUUGAAAACUAUUUGCAUAAGGACUGUCAUGGCAACACUUUGAAAAUACUGGAUGUUUUGUGUCUCAGUGGUUUGGUUUUUAUUUUCUUUAUAGAUACUAGUUUAUCUCAUGCACACACACACACAUUUUCUUUAUAGAUACAAGUUUAUAUCACACACACACACUCUCUCUCUCUCCCUACCUACCUACCUUGGCUGCUUUAUUAUUUCUUAUCUGGUAAAUCAAUGCAUCAGAAACAGGUGUUGAGACAAUUGGAGUAAAAACAUUUUGUUUGUCUUUAGGUUUUAAAGAUGCUAAUGUAGAAGCUAAUCAGCACCGUGAGAGCAGUGAAUAGUAAUAGUCAUAAGUGUGUGUGUGUGAUGAAGGCAGUUUUUCAAAAAUAGCAGGAUGAGGAUGCUGAUGUGAACAAACUGAAGAAGUGAAAGUUAGUAAUAUUUAUAUAGAAAAGAUAUCCAGAAACUCUCUUAAAUGGUAUACAUGAGGCUUCCCAAAAGUUACCUUUGCAAUUUGCCAAAUGAUCUUGUGCCUUCAUGACUUAAAACAACAAUACAUAUAUAUUAGGUGCUUUGUAACUAGAGCAGUGGCUUUGGUUUAAUUCCAAUGCAGUGUCUUCAUAUUUAGAUGCAAAUAUGGACCUUUCACAAAAGUUAGUAGUUUUUGAGUUUGUCAAUGUAAGCAAAAGAUAUAUGGAGGUGAUGGGGAGGGGAGAAUUUACAGAAAUAUCUGUAAAAAGGGACAAAGAGACCCGUGGCACCUUAUAGACUAACAAACGUAUUGGAGCAUGAGCUUUCAUGGGUGAAUACUCACUUCGUCAGACGCGUGUCUGGUGUUUGUAUCCAAAAUAAAGUUCAUACGAGACACAUGCAUGUCUGAGAAAAUCUUUUUGACCGCUCCAAAAAUCAAGCAUUUUGUUAGGGAAGUGUAAUAUAAAGUUCUUAGGAGAGAUAAAGUCAGACUAUCCAGAGCAGUGUAUGAAAAGCGAGCUCUAGAAUAGAAGACUGACUGUCAGUACCGAUAAGCCAUGUACGUCAUGGUAUACUGUUAAUUUCCUGGUCUGGGGUUAUGUCGUUUAUGGAAUAUCAGCAGGUUUCUUUAGUUCUUCCUCAGGCCUGGUAUUGAUAUGCUGCUAAACCUCUACAACCCCAGCCACUGUUUAAUGAUCAUAUGUCCUAUAAUCACGUUUACCUUGGGAGAUGAGUAUAUUACCAGUUGAGGGGCAAAAGAUACGUUUGGAUUUGAUGUGUUCAUGCUUCAAACUUAUCUUCGCUCCUGGCAGUACUUUAAUACUAGUGUCAUAUUUCAUCUGUAUGUCCAUAAGGAAAAGAAUGGUCUUUGUUAUUGUUUUUCAAGUCCUUUCCCUGACUUUGUUGUUGGUGGAAGACUUUGGACAUACUUCUGUGUUAGAUAAAUCAGUGCAAUUAAAGGCACGGUUAUUACAGAAUAUUAGACUUCUAUUAACCUCUUUUUAGUUCCUUUUACACCCUCAUUUAUAAGGUUUUUCAAAUGUUUUACUUAAAUGUCCAGGAAAUAUCUGGAUCUUUUCUCCCUCUUCCAACCCACACACUGAAAAUAGUAUCCUCCCUACUUCUAUGAAAAACACAACUAUUUCCCUAUUUUGUGAAGGGGAGAGGGUAAUGUUGGGGAACUUUGAAACUGCCUGAGCAUUUGUUUUAGUAUGUCAUAGCAACAGUAUGUUCAACCCAUCCAGAUGCCCUAACAGCCUACAUGUACUAUCCAAUCUUUUCUGUCUGGCUUAUCAUACCUGCAAUAAUUGUAGUUUAGAAUAAGCCUGUAUGACAUUUACUUCUGAAUUAGUAAAACACAAAGCCAAGAUUGUUGUUUGAGUUUUAAAUAAUAAUUUGUUUUGACAGAUAUUUCAUUUGGGUGCUCACCCUGCUUGAACUCAAUUUAUUUGUUCUGUGUGUUUGGAAGUUCAGUAAAAUGUCAAGACAUGACAAGCAGUAACCCUAUCUGGGCACAGAUGUAGGGGGAUAGGGGUAAAAUGGACCAAACUGGGAUGGUGGGUAUUUUUGGGAUAGUGGGGGUGGGCAUAAUUUAAAUAACUUUGUCUAAAAUAAAAUGUAAGUGCAAUAAAUGUGCUUUUUAUUCAAAGCUGUGAACUGUUUAAAAAAAAACAUGCACAUCAUUCCUUCCUGAGCCUUGUUUUUUCCUCUGUUUCUCCCCAAAUGACUGAAACCUGGCAGUGGCCAACCUGCAUGUCUUAUCUAGUAUCAUGGUUAAAUAUGUGCUUAUCUAAACCAUGCCAUUAAAAAAAAAAAUCUAAAUCCCCCUUGGUAGGACUAAGGCAAAUCCUCCUCCUACUUCUGCACCCCUGGAGAGUCCUUAUAGUGCCAGUCUGCUGUGCUUCACUUGGAAGGGCAGGCUGUGAACAUCCCUUGAGGCUGGAGCACUGGCAAGGGCCCUGAGGAUCUGCUGUGUCUCGCUCCUCACAGGGGUACAGAGCCUACUCCAGACUCUCUUGAGUAGGAAGAUUCCUUCCUCUGCAUAUGACUGGCACAUGUUCUGGCUAAGGGCACCAGGGCUGGGCAGAGGAUUUUUUCCUAAGCAACUAGGAAGAAGGCCAGCAACUUCCUGCUUGGGUCCUCUAUAAUUCGUUUUGUCAAAACAAGCAUGCAGGCUGGCCCCUGUUUUCUCCUAUUACUCCACCUUGUUUUGAAGGAAUAGUUAUACAUAUUUUUAAUCACUUGUGCGGUACUUGCACAGUCUGUCCCUUCCUCACUCAAGAUCAUGUGCUUUCCCUAGGUUAGGAAAGGUGCAGUGGUCUUUUCUCCACAAAGGACUCAAUACUAACGUUUCAUUAAAAAGUUCAUGAAAGCAUAGAACUCACUAGUUGGACCUCAUAGGGGGGUGGCUUUUUAAAAAAAAUUAUGAAGAUGUUGCCUCAUACCUUGUUUAUGAGCAGCAAAAUACUCUAGUAAGGAGAGGAAAGGGAAAUCAUAUAUAGAUUUGAUUUUUUUACUUAGUGCAAUGAAACGUACAUCCCCCAGUUUGAACUCUGUGCUAACUAACACAACAUUCCUUUAAGCUGUAUUUUUACCACCAAAGGUUUUGUGAGGGUCUAAGUCUCCACUGCAGAAGGUCCAAUCUGGUUACUUACAAAAACAAUUGUUAGUAGAUUUCUAUAGCUGCUUUUAAAAACUACAAUGGAGUAAUUGUUUUAAAACUUGUAUUUAUUUUUUAACUCAUAAGCAAAUGAGUAUUUUCAGUUUUCUGUUACACAGACCAUGGCAACUCCCAUUCUUUCCCUUCCCAAUGUCCACAGUAAUUGCUAAUAAAAAUUAUUUUUCUUGCUUGUUUCCCUGCCCUCUACUUUUGUUACCCCUUCCUGCUCAAGUCCCUUCAUUUGUACUUUGAAGUUUCUUCUCAUGUAAAUUUGUACAAUGGGAAAUAUUGUCCAGUUUGGUUAGAGAGCAUGGAGACAAAGAAAACAUUAAAAAUUUGAUAGCUGAAAUUGACUGAAGAAAACUAUGUGUAAAGUUAUUUAAAGAACUCUGUAUUAUAUAAAAGGCAAAAAGUUCUAUGUACUUGAUGUGAAUAUGAGAUUACUGCUAUAAUAAAGAUUGACUGCAUGAAGAAACAUCUGAAAUGAGAGAUUUAUUUUUAAGGGUCCAGUCCACAAGACAUUGUCCCAGAUGUGUUUUAACAAGAGUAGUUUUGUUCUUGGGACAGCUCUGAAGUUUGAUAAUCAGCUUAUAAGAGUGGGAGUCAGGAGAACCCAACUUUACCAGCCUAAAGAGCUGUGUCUUCCUUGUCUGUUUAUUGACCUCUGUUAAAGAAAGUACAAAUAUCUGCUCUAAGAAACUUGGAUUAGAAUUUCCCACACUGCCUUUGAGAAAAGUAAAAAUCAAGGAUUCACAACACAUCAGCUAGCUUUUACAUAUGCACUUUUCAUCAGUAGAUCUCAAAGUGCUUUAUUGUCUAAUGUAUUUAUCCUCACACCACCACUCAGGGAUAGCGAAGUAUUAACAUGUUAAAGCUAGGGCAAUGAGACUAAAUGAUUUGAUCAAGGUCACACUGGAAGACUAGUGAAGCAGGAAAUUGAACCUUGGUCUCACACUUCCUAGGCUAGUGCCCAAUUUGAGUUUAGACAUAUGCUUUGUAGUCUGAGGGGCAGCAGUAUCCCCUCCUGCCUGCAGCAGAAAGCUACUAUGAGCUUGCUUCGUAUUUUUCUACAGUUGUCAGAUUUUUUUUUUUAAAUAGGAAGAACUUUCCACAUUGUGGGCUAUUUUAAGAUAUCAUUAGAUGCUAUUUUUAGGUUAGGCAUUAAUGUUAGUAUUGACAUUUAAGAGGCUAUACUUCAAUUUCCUCCCCCCUGCCCGCCACACACAUUUUGUAUAACUAAUGCUAACAGCUUUGUCCUCCCCUACAUGAAGCCACUUGCUGAACAUGGAUUUGUCUGGGAUUACACCUGCUGCUGAAUACUAUUCAGCACAUCUUCAGCUGCCACCACAGCUCAUUAGUAUAGCACAGACCAAUUCAAAGUAAAGUUGUGAAGCAACUGCACGAGCAUGUUUGGCAGGAGAGUGGGAAGUAU